AUGCAAGACAAAAUAGAACGCUCAAACAUUUUACAAAAGAAACAUAACCAUCAAGAAAAAAUAUUUAGUUUAUGGGGAUUUAUCAUCAGUUAUGUAGUUUACAAAGGAGGAUGUGUGACUAUUAUUCCACCAAAAAGAAAAAAAGUUAUUGAUAAAAGAAAUGAAAUUAACAUAUUUUCUGUUGAAGUUGAAGGAAAUAUUUGGACAGAAAAAAUAUUUAGUAAACAGAUUACAACUAUAACUGAAAAUUUCUCAAAAAAUACAAAUGUUCAACGAUAUCUUAAAAAAGACAUUCAUGACCAAUUUAUGAAUUGUCUUACACAAUGGUGUAAAGCAAGAGGUUUCAAAGAUGGAAUCUUGAUAAAUACUAAGGUGUCAAAAGUUCCAACAACUAAUACAUAUAAAAGUCCCAAUGAGUUUAUUAGUACAAUUGAUGAUAAUGGAAUAUUUUAUAGCAUAUCAGAAAUCAAAGCAAAGUAUGGAGAGUGGUUAAAACAAGUCCUUGAGUAUUUUUGGUCUCUAAAAAGCCAUUUGUUUGUAAUAUCUCCAACAACAUUACCAUACAAUUUACUAAAUAUAAUAAAAACAUUUGGGUCAAAAGAAAAAAAUAUCCAACAAAAUCAAAAAACAAAACUUGAAUCAAUAAACGGAUAUUUUGAAUCAUUUGACCAGUAUGGAAAUUCAACAACAUCAAAUCUUAGUUUCAUUUUACCUCAUGGCAUUGAAGAGAAAUUGAAAAAAUUAGUUGUUUAG